CCGUUUCGGUCUCCUCCCGCAAGUCCUCAGUCUACCUGCCUCCCCCACUCUCCACUUUCUCUUCUCUCGUCAGGCACGAGCAUGCAGUUCGGCUAGACAAUUCUACGAACAGCUAACGCACUCUCUCAGUCUCUUCUCCACCCUCAUCGCCAUGGAACAACCACCGCCACCACCCUGAACAAUUACGCCAUCAGCCGAACUCCUGAAGACCCACCAAAACCCAUCACUCCCUCACCAAUAAUCUAGUCUCUCUUUCUCUCUUCAAUGGCAUCCACAAGCUCAACCCCGACUGACCCGUCUACUUUAGCUCUAUCCGAGGACAUGGCCUCCAAGGCCUUGAACAAGCGGUACGAAGGCCUUAUCACCGUACGAACCAAGGCCAUCAAGGGCAAGGGAGCCUGGUACUGGACCCAUUUGGAGCCCAUUCUCCUUCGCAACUCUGACACCAACCUCCCCAAAGCUGUCAAACUCAAGUGCUCCUUGUGCGACGCCGUUUUCUCCGCCUCCAACCCCUCCAGAACCGCCUCGGAGCACUUGAAGAGGGGUACUUGCCCCAACUUCAGCUCCGUUCCCAGACCCAGCAGCGCUUCGCUCUCCCCGGUGCCGAUAUCGUCGGUACCUUCGCCGUUACCGUCUUUACAAAAUCACAGAAAGCGAAGCUCUCAAAUGGGUACUCAUUCUUUGCAUUCAUGUUCUUCUUCUUUGUACCAAUCUCAUUCUUCAGCUUUGGUCGAGUCGUCGCGCUUUUGUCAAAACCAAAACCGCGACGAAUCGAAUUACUCGCCGCGCCAGAAUUCCGUUGGCGUGGUGAAUAAUUCCGGGCUAAAUCAGCACCAUUUGGUGUUGUCGGGCGGGAAAGAGGAUUUGGGCGCUUUGGCAUUGCUACAAGAUAGCGUGAAAAAGCUUAAGAGUCCUAAAGGGUCAGCUGGUCCUGCAUUGAGCAAGGAACAAAUUGAUUCCGCGCUUGAAUUACUAGCAGAAUGGUUUUACGAGUCAUGUGGGUCAGUCUCAGUUUCAAGCCUCGAGCAUCCCAAGUUUAGAGCGUUUCUUAACCAGGUGGGCUUGCCUGCGGUGUUGCGGCGCGAGCUUACGGGUGCUCGGCUUGAUGCUAAGUUUGAUGAGAUCAAGAUUAAGUCGGAUGCUAGGAUAAGAGACGCAAUGUUUCUUCAGGUUGCUAGUGAUGGGUGGAAGGGAAAAAGUUGUUGUGGAUUCGCUUGCGAGGGAGAGAAUUUGGUUAAGUUUACGGUUAAUCUUCCAAAUGGGAUGAGUGCUUUCCAGAAGGCGGUGUUUACGGGAGGAAUGGUGUCGUCGAAGUAUGCGGAGGAGGUUUUGUGGGAAGCGGUGACGGGUGUUUGUGGGAGUGCUGUGCAGAGAUGCGUAGGGAUAGUUGCUGACAAGUAUAAGGCCAAGGCAUUGAGGAACUUGGAGAUUCAGAAUCAAUGGAUGGUAAAUCUCUCUUGUCAGCUUCAGGGGUUUGUUAGUUUGAUCAAGGCUUUUAACAAAGAACUUCCACUUUUCAGGACUGUCACCGAGAAUUGCACAAAAGUUGCAAAUUUUAUAAAUACUACUUCUCAAGUUAGGAAUAUUUUCCUCAAGUACAAAAUGCAGGAGCUUGAGUAUACUGGGCUGCUGCGAGUUCCUUCACCGAAAUGUGAUACUUCCAAGAAUUUUGGACCUGUUUAUGCUAUGUUGGAAGAUAUACUGAGCUGUGCACGAGUGCUCCAAAGGGUUGUGCUGGAUGAUUCGUACAAUGCAAUAUGUGUGGAGGAUUCAGAUGGGAGGGAAGUUGCUGGGCUGAUUCAAACUGAGGGGUUUUGGAAUGAGUUGGAGGCAGUUUAUUCGCUUGUGAAGCUGAUUAGGGAGAUGGUUCAGGAGAUUGAGGCUGAGAGGCCAUUAAUUGGACAAUGCCUACCACUUUGGGAGGAGUUGAGAAGCAAAGUGAAGGACUGGUGUGCCAAAUUCAGCAUUGCCGAGGGACCUGUUGAAAAUAUUGUUGAAAAGCGAUUCAAGAAAAACUACCACCCAGCAUGGUCGGCUGCAUUUAUACUGGACCCUCUUUACUUGAUGAGGGAUACGAGCGGAAAAUACCUUCCACCAUUCAAGUGCUUGACACAUGAGCAGGAGAAAGAUGUUGAUAAGCUCAUAACCAGGUUGGUUUCCAGGGAAGAAGCUCAUGUUGCAUUGAUGGAGCUCAUGAAAUGGAGGUCAGAAGGGCUAGACCCUCUUUAUGCUCAAGCCGUUCAGGUAAAACAGCGAGACCCUGUUACUGGAAAAAUGAAAAUUGCAAACCCACAGAGCAGUAGACUUGUAUGGGAAACUUGCUUGAGUGAGUUUAAGUCUCUGGGUAAGGUUGCAGUGAGGCUCAUUUUCCUCCAUUCAACCUCUUGCAUAUUCAGAUGUAAUUGGUCUUCCAUGAAAUGGGUUUGUGUCCACAGACAUUCAAGGGUGGGCCUGGAAAGGGCUCAGAAGAUGAUCUUCAUUGCAGCACAUGCCAAGCUUGAAAAACGGGAUUUUUCAAAUGAGGAAGAAAAGGAUGCAGAGCUGUUUGCCAUGGCAGGCAGUGAUGAUGACAUGCUCUAUGAUGAGGUCUUUGCCGAUGCACCCUCAGUGUAAUGUUGGUUUCAAAUCCUGUAGAAUAUUGAAGCUGUAGGAUUUACUGAAAUUCUUUGCAGAACUCUUUUUUUCUUUUUUCUUUUUUCUUUUUUUCUUUUUUUCUUCUGUUUGUCCUUAGUAGAAGAUUUUUGGAGAGUUAUGGUUGGGAGGCAAGGAUAACAGGAAGAAAUUGAACAAUGUAUUACUUGGACUUACAUAGUCAUGUAAAGGCUCAUAAGUUUCCUGCCCACUGCCCAGGCUUGACUUGUGGGUCUUGGGUUUGUAAAGACAAAGAAAAACCCCAUCUUGUUUAUAGUCAUAACAGGAAGGAUGUUGUUGGA